UUACGUGCCCGGGAAUUGCGGCCAUUUGGACUUUGGCAUUCGUCUGCCUUCUUAAAAAUCAAAAAAGCGCUUCAGGCGUAGAGUGGGGCUGCAGGGGGUGCAGCGGGGGCCGCGCCUCCUCCCGCAGUCUCAGCGGCCGGCGCCUCGGGACCUGCACAACAUGGCGGCGUCCGGAGCCCGCAGCUGUGGCCUCUCUGGGCUGCUGCCUGCGCAGACCUCGCUCGAGUACGCCCUGCUCGAUGCCGUCACUCAGCAGGAGAAGGAUGACCUGGUCUAUCAGUAUCUGCAGAAGGUGGACGGCUGGGAGCAGGACUUGUCGGUGCCCGAGUUUGAGGAAGGGUUAGAAUGGUUAAACACAGAAGAGCCUCUUUCUCUCUACAAGGACCUAUGUGGAAAAGUGGUCAUCUUGGAUUUCUUCAGCUACUGCUGCAUAAACUGUAUUCACCUGUUGCCUGACCUCCACGAGUUAGAACACGUAUUCUCUGAUAAAGAUGGCCUUCUGAUUGUUGGUGUUCACUCGGCUAAGUUUCCAAAUGAAAAAGUCCUGGACAACAUUACAAGUGCUGUUCUCCGAUACAAUAUUACCCACCCUGUGGUUAAUGAUGUAGAUGCCAGCCUUUGGCAAGAGCUAGAGGUGUCCUGCUGGCCAACACUGGUCAUUCUUGGACCCCGUGGAAACAUGCUGUUUUCUUUGAUUGGAGAAGGACACAAAGAUAAAUUAUUUUUGUAUACUUCGAUAGCUUUAAAGUAUUACAAAGACAGAGGACAGAUCAGAGAUAAUAAAAUUGGAAUAAAACUCUACAAAGAUUCUCUUCCACCUUCACCCCUGCUGUUUCCUGGCAAAAUAUCUGUAGACCAUGCUACUAAUAGACUGGUAAUAGCAGAUACUGGACAUCAUAGGAUUUUGGUUAUUUGGGAAAAUGGACAAAUUCAGUACAGUAUUGGAGGACCUAAUCCUGGAAGAAAAGAUGGAUUAUUUUCGGAGUCAGCUUUUAACUCUCCACAGGGUGUAGCCAUGAUGGAUAAUAUCAUAUUUGUGGCAGACACUGAAAACCACCUUAUAAGAAAGAUUGACCUAAUAGCUGAGAAGGUGAGCACUGUAGCUGGCAUUGGAAUUCAAGGUACAGAUAAAGAAGGAGGAGCAAAAGGAGAAGAGCAACCUAUUAGUUCCCCCUGGGAUGUUGCUUUUGGAACAUCAGGUUCGGAGGUCCAGAGAAAUAACAUCUUGUGGAUAGCCAUGGCAGGAAUUCAUCAGAUAUGGGCACUCCUGCUGGAUUUUGGCAAACUGCCAAAGAAAAAUGAGCUAAAAAAAGGAACUUGUCUCCGGUUUGCUGGCAGUGGAAAUGAAGAGAAUCGAAACAAUGCAUAUCCUCACAAGGCGGGUUUUGCUCAACCCUCAGGUCUCUCUUUGGCCUCUGAAGAUCCCUGGAACUGCCUGUUCGUAGCAGAUAGUGAGAGUAGCACUGUGAGAACUGUCUCCCUGAAGGAUGGAGCAGUGAAGCACCUCAUUGGAGGAGAAAGAGACCCCAUGAAUUUGUUUGCUUUUGGUGAUGUUGAUGGAGUAGGCAUUGAUGCAAAGCUUCAACACCCACUUGGAGUAGCGUGGGACAAGAAGAGGAAUUUGCUUUACGUGGCAGACUCCUAUAAUCACAAGAUUAAAGUUGUGGAUCCAAAAACAAAAAACUGUACAACAUUAGCAGGGACUGGAAACACAAAUAAUGUUACUAGUUCCAGUUUUACUGAGUCAACUUUUAAUGAACCAGGAGGCUUGUGUGUUGGAGAAAAUGGCCGAUUAUUAUAUGUCGCAGACACCAACAAUCAUCAGAUUAAAGUGAUGGAUUUAGAAACAAAAACAAUUUCUGUGCUGCCCAUCUUCAAAUCUGAAAACGCUGUGGUAGAUGGCCCAUUGCUCCUAGAAAAACCAAAAAUAGUGCCCAAACUGCCUAGAUCUGCCCCAACCAUCAGGCUUUCUCCAGUGACUGUUUGUCCUGGUCAGACUCUCCAGUUCAAACUCAGACUGGACCUUCCACCAGGAUCGAAGCUAACUGACGGAGUGCCCAGUUGCUGGUUUCUGGCUGCUGAAGGCAAUGAGUGGCUUCUUCAAGGACAGAUACCAUCUGGAGACAUAGAGAAUAUUUCCAACCAACCGACAAUUUUGCUUCAAAUUCCUGGCAACUGCUUGUCACUUGAAGUAGUUCUGUCUAUCCGUGUGUUUCUUUAUUACUGCAGUGCAGACAGCAGUGCUUGCAUGAUGCACGGCAUUUUGUUCAGUCAGCCUUUGCAGAUAUCAGACACACAGGCAGGUGCCAUAGCUCCUGUAGAGCUCAAGCAUGUGUUUUAGCAAGUUAGCUGGCAGCUGCUUGCUGUGUCCCCCUGUCCUUCAACUACCUUGGCUAUAGUUUAGGAAAAAAACUUUAUUUCUGCCUCUGGAUCCUAAGUUGCUCAGUUGUUCUAGCAAUUUAACUUAAAAUAAAGCUCUGUUCCAUAUUUACUUUUUAUUAUAAAGAAAUUUCUUCAUUCUAGUUGUGUUAGCUAAAUCAUUGACCAGCAUUUAAACCAUGACAGUAUAGUCUACAGUGCUAUUAGGAUCUGUCUCUCUAGUCAACACUGGAGUGGAAAGCACUGUCUAAGAGAAUUUGCAGUGAAUACUUAGAGUAGUACCAGGCAUCUUAACUGACUUUUUAAAACCUUUUUUAAUAGCAGUCAGCAUAUUCAGAUAUGUAAAGUUCACAGUAACUUUAUACAUACCUAAGCUCCAGUUCACAUUUGUAUAAGGACACCUGCAAUUCAAGGCAUAAGGUCUGUUUUAAACCCAAAAAAAAAAAAAGUGUUUUCAUUGCAGUAGAAACUUAAAAGAGUAUAUGAGGGCUACACAUAAUCUUUAUUUUCGUCUGUGAUAUUGUCAGUUGAGAUAUUUUUAAAAGAGAGUUUCUAUCUAUUUUAUUAUAAAAUUACUUGUUGUUUUAACGUACUACUACUAAUGCCUUAUAACUUUGUAUAGAAAAAGCUGAACAUAGAAUAUGUAAGGGGAUGCAAACCCUCUCCUAUAACUGGUUUGUGGUGACGGUAGUGUAUUCGUGAUGAGUGGUUGUUUUUUUUUAAUGAACACUUUCGUGUCAGAUAAUAGUAGAGUCCCCAGAAAUAAUAUAGCUUUCAAGGAGAAAGGACUUAGGACACAAUACUACCUAUGAUAACAAAUUAUUGUGACAGUUGAAUAAAUAGACAUAUAUGUUAUUUUGGAAAUUUAUAUUUCACUUAUAAGCAUUAAAUGCAGAUUUCUGGGUUUUUUUAGGACGAUGCUAUAUUCAGAAUUUAAAUUAUGAUCAUUCAUGGUGAUGUUUUUAAAAUUGGAUUUUAUCCUUCAAAUUGAAAUUUUCAAUGUAAAAUCCUUUAUAUAGAUAGCAGGUAUAGUGUAUUUUAAUAUACGACUCAUUUGUUAGGACUAAAACGUGCAAUAAUUUUUUUGCUGUGUUCUUUAUUUGUUGUUUGUUUUCCUAACCCAAAGGAAACAGUCAUUGAAUAUUAGUGGGUUUGUAAAACUUAUUAUAAUUUGUCUUUUGAGCCAGUGAGCGUCUCCUUGAGUUGCCCCAGCUGGGUUUGCACUUGGGAUCCACUUGCCUUAGCCUCGCCCAGUGCUGGGGUCACACACAUGCACCACCACUCCCAGUUUGUAAGUUAUCUUUAUAGCUAUUUAAAAGCCUAAUCUUGUUUUUCUUAAGACUGAUUUAAUAUGUUUUUAAUUUAAUCAGCAUGUAAGAUUUUUAAAACAUCAGGUGAACCAUGUUUAUUUAUUUAAUAUUUAUAGACAAUGUAAGAUAACAUGCUUCCUCUCUUUCAGAAACAAUGGUAAAUUUAAAGUGUAAUCUUAGACACCAUUGUCUGUCCAUUUCUGUAUACUUUUUUGAAGUACAGUUUCAAAAAGGAAACAUUUGCUUGUCUUAUUUAUAGGGUUAGCAAAAUCUCUGAAGUAAGAGUGUAGAUCAUGACUGAUUUAAUUAGCAGCCUGCUAAGGCUAUUUUUAAAAAGAAAUAUAAAUGUAAAAUGGAAAGGAAUCCUAUUUAAAAUUAUACAUCGUUACCUCAUAAACCUACUCCCUCUACACCAACCAAAAUAAUACUGUUCUAUAAUAAAAUGAUGAUAACAUUGAUAUUCUCUCUUGUGAAGAAUAGACCUUAGUUAUUUUUUAAUCUCCUUUGACAUUUUACUUCUCAUUUCCAGUUGGACAGGAUAAGAAUAUUUUGGCCCAGUCAUUUCCUUUUUGAGGAUAUAAACAGUUCAUAGUCUAACAGAAGAAUAUAUAGUUUUAACAUACUGAUACAGAAAUAAUUGAUAAUUUAUCUUUCACUGUAACACACAGACAUGAUUAUGUUUUCAUAUAUAUUAUGAUUGUUUUCAUAUACAUUACAAUCCAAAACUACUUUAGUAUCCAUUAAUUUUCCCUUGUCUGCGUUAGUUUUAGAUUAGUUGUAAACUAAUACUUCUCUUGAUUUAGUAAACAUUCUUAUCCACAGCCAGUUUGCAUUUUUUAUAUUAAAAUAUUAUUUAUAAUGAAUUAGUCUGAUUUUUAAUAAACCACAUAAAGCAAGUGCUUAGAAUUUAUGACCAAUAUAAACUUCUUACAUAAGGGGAAGCACUAGAAAGUUUAUUUUAAAAGCUUCUUGAUCCAUGUCUGCCUUCUGUUCUCUGUAAGGACUUCUUAAUGUUUUUUACUUUUGCUUUUCUUGCUGCAUAAAUUGUAUCCAGUGAUAGUUUAAAGAAUAAGAUUAAAAUAUCAGCAAGGUGGCAUUAAACAAAUUUUAGCAUAAUACCCAAAAUCAUUGCCCUAAAUCAUUUUAUUUUGUCUCUGUUUUUUCGUCCUCUAUCAUAUCAAUUCACAAACAGUAAGUUUUUGAAAAACUUAUACUCAGGAUUGCCAUGAUUUCCGUAAAGAGUUUUGUUUAUCCCUUUCUCAAGCAAAUAUUUAUAUUUAACCUAUUCACAAGAGAAAGUCUUGCACGUUAAUCACCCUUAACUGUAACUGUAAGCACCAUGAUUAUGAAAAACAAAUUUUUCCAUAACUGUCCUAAUAAUGUAUUUAAAUAUAGUAUUACUAAGCCUUCAAAAGGCUAUAAAUUUUAGCAGAGCCAAACAGAGAUUAACACGUGAAUGAGUUUAUGUGUAUAUAUUUAUAUAUGCUCUGUGUGCAUGUAUGUAUACACAUAAAAAAAAUCAAGAAAUACAUAUAUUUCUUUUAUUGCCAGCCUACUUUUGAGCUAAUGCCACUGAGGUAAAUCACUGUUUUGCUUUGCUUAUAUUCCCAAAAUUAGAAAAUUUGGAAAGAUAACACCUACCUAUAAUAUAUUAAUUUUGUAUCUAUUCAAAAUUUAUUAAUUGUAUAUACCAAUAUAAAGGCUUUAUAAUGAACAGUCAUUAGGGCUUGGAGGUAUAGGUAUAGGUCAGUGGUAGAAUGUAUUUUUAACCAUUUAUAAGGCCCUGAAUUCCUCAAAACCCUCCUUCAAAUCAUCAAAAACUAAAUGUCAUAGUGCAUAAUUACAUAAAAUUAUUUGCAGAGGGAGUAUGUAUUAAUGGUUCUGGAUGAUAAGACUUUGGAUGUUUUUAAUGCUUUUAUAUUUUUUUCAAUGAUGAGCAUUUUCUAAAACUAGAGGAAAAAAUUAUAAAAUGUUUUUUAACAAUUUAAAAUUAAAUCAAAAACACCAACAUGGUAAUUUUCCUGAAGUCACUUUUAUUACCAAUCGGAAUAUAUUUUGGAGUUGAGAUCUGCCAGUUUCCUUUAUUCAGUUUGUUUUGGUAAAUCUAGAAAUUAUGCCUUUUUUUUUCUUCCAGGGUUUUGUAACACAAUGUCAUGAGUAAGAGCAUGUGCUUUGUGGCUUUGUGGUCACAGCUUCUAAUCCUAUAAAAUAGGGCUGGUGCCUCAUAGAGUUGCUGUGAGUAUUUAAUGAAGUAUUAUUCACCUAGCAUUUAGCAUUUAGUAUACAGCUACUGAACAGCUUAAUUAAUAGUGGUAAUAACUUGUGACCACAGUCACAUGGCUUGACAUUUUCUUUGCAACUGCAAUUUCUAAAAGAAAACAUUUCUCUAUCAAGUAUUUAAUAUGUUAGUAUAUUCUCUAUUAGAGUUAAGGUUUAAGAAGAGAUACUUUUAUAAUAAAACACAAUGCUAUUUUGUAGACAAUAUCGUAAAGAAGCGUACCUACAGUUACAUAAAAUUUUAAAAAGGUCUACAGCUGUGAGUAAUAGACUGGCUUGCGUCCAGAUAACACACUUAUCCACCCUUACACCACACACCUACAACUUGUGCUCAACAGCUCGCACCCAAAUAGAAUCUUAACCAAAAAGCUUCACUGCGAUGGCGCUUUGACAUGCACGGCCUCAGCUGAGAUUCCAAAUGGCCUUGUAAUCCAGACAACUGGCCAUUGUGUCCAUUGUCGCAGUGAGAACCCGGCUUUAUGGUGUGGGUAGCAGGGCUGAAGACCAGAGAGCUCCCAUUGAGCCAGUGCCCAGAGCAGGCCUGGAGGCAGCAGAUACUUGAUGCUACAGGUGCGAGAAGUGAAGGUCAGGGCUUCCAUUCAGGCAUUUCCCGGGUCUGCUACCAAGUAGGGUGUGGACACAGACUAUAAAGGAAGAAUCCUACUGUGGACAUUUUAGGCCUUCGAAUACAGGACUAAUACGAGGACUAGCUGUGUUCACUGAGUUCUUGUUUGCCAGGACUUCUCGGAGUGCCUUGUGUGUGUUAACUCAUUUACUCUUCAGCACAGCCUGUGAGGAAGGUGCCACGUUUCCUUAGUUGACUGAUGAAGCUGGAACAGAGCAGGAGGUGGUGCAGAGCCUGUUUCGUGAGUCUGCUCACCCACCUGUGCACUGCCUGUCAAAGAGGCCUUUUUUUUAACAUAAAUCUUUUAUAGUUUUAUGUAGUAACUUGAGAAAGCCCAAAAGUUCUAGUAAUUACUGUUUCUGAAAUUUAAAUCCACUACUUUUCAUUAUAUAUUCUUAUUUGAGCCUGAACAUUGUCUGUAUAAUUAUUUCCCAAAAGGUUUUGUGUACCACUCUUAGUUUCAGACAUACAGUUUUCUAGCAGGUGGACCUAAGAAAGGAAUUCCUGUCUUCCAGCAGUGCUGUUUCGGGGUGGUCUUCAGAUGGCAGUUGACACUUAGUCAUAAAGAAUAACUGAAUUCUAAGUGCAAGACUGCCCCAAAUCCUGAGUUUAUUCCAUUUAAGAAAAUCUUGUUUGACUAACUAAAGCAAGCAAGAGAAGUAAAAAGUCUGCUUUCUUCCAGCAUAAAUAAUGCUGGUAUGUAGACCACCCCACCGGAAAGUUUUUGCCAGGGUCAACCUAUUAUUUCAGUAUUAGAUAAAGGAAUGAAGUAAAAUGUUGCAUAGCAAUGAGCAGUUAUGAUCAGAAUGAUCAAAUGUAAACAUACAUACAGAAUGUAAACAUCUUUUUAUUGUUAAAUAGUUUGCCAGUUAGGUGGUAAUGUACAGUAAGCAAUUUAUCAAUUUUGUUAUAAAAUCCUUAGGAAAUGCACUUAAGAAAUUGAUGGUGGUGUCACACUUUAAUCAACCAAAAUUCCUUUUUCCACCUGUGGUACAUAGUUUAAAUAAACUAUGCAUAAAGAUAAGUAAAUAAAUAAAAGAUUUAGCACUAGUCACUGUUUCAUCCUGCAUAAUUCAAAGUUUGCUUUUCUUCCAUAUCUUUGCAAUAAGGUAGCAUAAAUAAUAUUAAAAGCUAGAGACAUGAAUAAUCUACCUAUUACGUGUUCCAUGACUGAUGAACGUUGGCUUUGCAUGUAGUGAAUCUACAUCUGAGACUGGCUGCUGGCUUUCCAGUGGCCAGUCUGACUGCAGAAAGCCGGGGAAAUAAGCUAGCUCUCAGCAUUCCUGAUGCAACCCUUCUGUUUUGAGCGUGCCGAUUUUUUGGUUUAAUCACUGUAGAGUUGAGGAGUUAAGGCCCUUGUGGAAUGUUUGCCUACUUAUAGUUACUCAUCGUUUGCUGUGUCCUCUGGCAUGUCACUCCAAGUGCAGGAUAUUUCUUUUCUGCUGGAAGCCUCGGAGUAAAAGCAUCACAGGCAUUUCCAAACAUACUCCCACCUAGCCAUGCUGGGAACUGAUGGUGCUUAUGCCGCCGUAAGCUGUUAGCCAUCCUCAAACCCUCUAAACGGGUUGCCAUCCCUGACAUCGCUCGUAUGUUAAAAAGCCCUCCACAAGUGAGCACGACAGCCUUAUGAGUUUGUUCCUCUUUAAGCAGCAGCUUAAAGGCCUGGUCAGAAAAUAGUUAAGCAGAUUGUGAGAUUUUCUUUUUAAAUGUUGAAAAUUUAAAGAGUAGUAUGAGCAAACAUAAUUUACUCCCUUUCAGUUCUCAUAUUCUUGGUUACAUAUUUCCAUAUGAAAUAAAAGGAAAAGAACUAUACUGACAAGGAGGGAAGAAUAUCAGCCUGCUGAUUUAAAUAUGGCCAGUUUAAAUAGGGUCUUUGUUACUUUUUACCAACUUUGUGCUAGGUUUAUGAGAAAUAUAUAUUGAGGUAAACAGGACCGAACAUUAGUUGAUAAAUUACACUAAUGAAUAGUAAAAACAGGCCAGUUCCUGACUGCCGUGUAACUUCUGUCGUCAGCAUUUGUGGUCAUUGCCCUUGGUCCCAUCAGAAACACUAGCCAGUUUUUGUUUAUGUGGAGGUGAAAGAUACUGUUCGUGAAUGCUUGUGAUGUUUAUCUUAGCAGUUUACCUGCAGAAGUAAACCAGCACUUCCACUCCACACCUCAGGCUUCCGGUCUUUAAUGAGUAAUACUUUCUCUAAAAGUUUCACUGAAUUAAGUAAGUAACCAUUCGUAAUGGAAGAACGAUUUUGUAGUGGUGGAUUUUUUUUUUCCUGGGAUUCCUGAUAUCUCAGUUUUCAAAGAAGGGGAACAAUAUCCUGUGUGGAUUCAAAUUAGUUUUUCUCUACUUUGAGGUAUAACAUCCUAACUAUGUUUUGCAAAGUCUAAUACUUUUUAAAAGGUUAAAAACCUCUUGCUAGGGUAUAUUGAGAGCCAGUUUAUAGAUCUUGUUAUUGCUGUCCCAACUUCACAUGUGAGUUGUAGAAUCAAAGUUUGCUGUGCAAAUGAGAUUUGUAUAUAUUUAUUACUGCUUCAAAUUAUAACAUUUCAUACAUCAAAUUGUAGAGAUGCAGACUCUUCCUGAUUUUUUGUGUGGAUAACUUGUGACUUUAUUUCUGAAACUCAGGUUUGUCUGUGCUGACUUCAUACCUGCAUUCCAAAGGCUUGAUUAUAUUUAUUUUCUUCAUUGAUUAAAAAUUCAAUGAAAAUUAAUUUGAAAGUCAAAUACUGAUAUUUCUAGACAUGAUCUAAUUCUAAAAGAAUCCACUUGUGUAUUUUUAAGUGUUUAAUGUAGCUAGAUUAAUAUAUUUUUAUAUAACGUUUUCUAUACUCAUUUUGAGACUGUGUUCUAUGGUGUUUUCCAGGUGCAUGUGUUAACUGUUUGGAAUGAGAAUACCGUGCCUUCACCAACUCUAAAACCAUGUAAUACAUGUGAUAUCAUAGGAAGCACGGGUGUGUUUAUACUGUACAUGGAAACUUGAUGCGCCUUUCCUAAAGCUUUGUACUUUUUCCCAUGAAAUAGAUUAAAUAUUUUCUCUCUAAA